GCAGCACAAAAAAGGGACUUCAGGAUAUUUUGUAUUGCAGCACAAAAAAGGGACCUGUACAGCGCAGCAAAAAAAAAUUCAGCAUAGAUUUUAUCAUUUGGAUUUCGGAGUACUUUGGGGUUGUGGUGAUUAAUCAUUUAUGGCUGGCGGUGUCGAUUUGAUUUGCUUGGUGUUUAUGUGGAGCUUGUGGAGUGCUGCUUGUAAUGGUGCAACAAACACUCUGAAACCAGGUGAAAGUCUAAAUUCUUCAAGCUUGUUAGUUUCUGCAAAUGGGAAGUUCACUAUGAAUUUUCGUGCUCAUGAGCUUGAUCCAAAACAUAGUUACUUAGUUAUAACGUGGAAUGGGAGUCAUAACUAUGCAUGGGUUGCGAAUAGAGAAGCAUCCAUUUUGUACCCUUCUGGAGCUCUUACAUUGGACAGGAACAACACAUUGAAGGUUACUCACAGAGAUGGGGAUGCUCUGGUGCUUUACUCUGCUGAUUCGGAGACUAUCAGUGGUGAUGCUGUGGCUACUCUUAUGGAUGAUGGGAAUUUUGUGCUGCAAGAAGUGAGCUCUGAUGGAUCGGCGAAGAGGGUUUUGUGGCAGAGUUUUGAUUAUCCUGGAGAUGUGCUUCUGCCAGGUAUGAAAUUAGGGGUUAACCGUAGUAAUGGCCACAAUUGGUCACUGUCGUGCUGGUUUACUGAGAGAAGUGCAGUGGCAGGACCUUUCACUCUUGAUUGGGACCCUGAUGGACACGACUUGAAAAUUAAGCGGCGUGGGGUGGUGUAUUGGAGUAGUGGAGUGUUUCGAGAUGGGAGUUUUGAAAAUAUUAAGGAGAAGAGGUAUAAUUUUAGCAUUGUUUCAAAGAAGAAUGAAGACUAUUUCAGUUACACUACUUUAGAUGAAAAUGCUGUAUCAGAGUGGCUGCUAACCACAAUAGGGCGACUAAAAGACUUUGAUGAAUCAAUUGAUAUUGCAAAAGCAGAUUCCUGUUAUGGGUAUAACACUGAAGGUGGAUGCCAGAUUUGGGACCAGCCAAAGUGUCGGCGUUCUAGUGCUGUAUUUGAGCAACAAAAUGGUUACUUUAAUCCAACAGGUGCUAGCGGCACUACUGCAACAUCAACAAGUGAUUCAAAUACAAGUCUCAGUAUUAGUGACUGUAAGGCUGCUUGUUGGGCAGAUUGUAACUGUAUUGGAUUCCUCUUUCUGUUUCCUAAUCAGACUGGAUGUCGGUAUUGGACUGGAAACUUGAAAUUCAUUGCAGACAGCAUAAGUUAUAAUUCAAAUGUUGUAUAUGUUUUAGCAACAAAGUCAGUCGACAGCAGCAAUGCAUCGCAUAAGUGGAUAUGGAUUGGUAUUGCACUUGUCGCUGUUCUUCUGGCAAUGGUGCUUUGUAGCAUGUGCUACCUACUACGAAGAAGAAAACUUGCAGGUGAGAACCAAAGAAAUGUCCAGGAUAUGCUGAACAUGAUGAAUUCUAAUACACCUACUAAUGCUAAUGGACUUCAAAAUGAUGGAAAGGGGGGACAUGAUUUAAGGGUAUUUAAGUAUGCGUCUAUCAUAGCCGCCACCUGCAACUUCUCUGAUGAAAAUAAGCUAGGAGAAGGCGGUUUUGGACCUGUUUAUAUGGGGAAAUUGGUGACCGGACAAGAAGUGGCAGUGAAGAGGCUUUCAAAAUGUUCAGGACAGGGAAUAUCGGAGUUUAAGAAUGAGUUGAUACUUAUACAUGAACUCCAACAUACAAACCUUGUUAAGCUCUUCGGAUUUUGCAUUCAAGGUGAAGAGAGGAUGUUGAUAUACGAGUACAUGACGAACAAAAGCUUGGACUACUUUUUAUUUGAUUCAACUAGAUGCCAGCAGCUCGAUUGGAACAAACGUUUCAACAUAAUUGGAGGAAUUGCUCAAGGUUUGGUUUACUUGCACAAUUAUUCCAGAAUGAGAAUAAUUCAUAGAGAUUUAAAAGCAAGUAAUGUUCUGCUUGAUGAAAACUUGAAUCCCAAAAUUUCUGACUUUGGAAUGGCAAGGAUUUUCAUGAAUGAUGAACAAGAAGCAAAUACUUUGAAUAUUGUUGGGACCCGUGGUUAUAUGUCCCCCGAAUAUGUUAUGGGGGGAAAUUUUUCCAUAAAAUCGGAUGUCUAUAGUUUCGGAGUGUUAAUGCUUGAAAUCCUAAGUGGUAGGAGAAACAACAGCUUCUACAAUGAUGAUCGCGCCUUCAACUUAGUUGGCUAUGCAUGGGCGUUAUGGAAAGAAGGUGCAGGACUAAGACUAAUGGAUCCGACACUUGGCGAUUCGUGUGAUGAACAUCAAUUGUUGAGGUGCAUCCAUGUUGGUCUGCUUUGUGUGGAGGAAAGUGCAGCUAGUCGACCCACGAUGUUAGAUGUGAUACCUAUGUUGACCAAUGAAAGCAUGUCUUUACCAGUUCCUACAAAACCAGCAUUCUGUACAGAAAGAAAUGUGAUCACAGAUGCUAUAGGUGGAAGAGGAUUGGAAAUGGUUUCAUCUAUAAAUGGUAUCUCCAAUUCUGGUUUUGAUGGGCGUUAAAGUUACACCCUUUCCCCUUGAGAAUAUAGGUGGUUAUGAGAUUCGAAGUUUGAUUUUCUGUCAAAAAGCAUAAGAUGGUUCUAUUUUCUUUACAAAAUGUGAUCAUGUAUGUUAUUGACUAUAUUUAUGGCUGAAUAAUUUAUAAUUUAUCAUAUGUGUACUC